CUAACGUCAGUAUAUAGUAUAGGCACUUUGUCAGUUGCUCGUGAAACUCUGAGAAUAUCUGGACAGUCUUGUGUGUCGUUUUAAAGUUAACUCAUCGCGCGACAUAUCAUUUCGAAAUUUUUUUUUUCUCUCUAUGAUCUUUAACAAUUGGAAUUAAAAUUUAAAACCAAAAUUAUUGUGUCGAUUUGGAAUUGUGACAAAGGAAACGAGAUUUUUCCCAAAUAAAGAUAAUUAACAAGGACUGACAAAAAAUGGUACCUACAGAUCGCGCCAUUCAAGAAGCCAUACAGGUUUCGCCUUUGGUUUUCUCGGAUGAUGUGAGACGGCAAAAAAUUGAAAAUCGAUUGGAACAAAUGCGGUUUUCGGCAGCUACUGUCAGAAAAAUACAAAAUGUCUUCAAAAGUGAAAUGGAAAAAGGCAUCCAUCAGCAAUCGUCAUCCCUACAGAUGGAGAACACAUACAUACCAGAGCUUCCUAAUGGAACAGAAGAAGGACUAUUCCUGGCAUUGGAUCUUGGGGGCACAAAUUUUCGAGUAAUUCUACUCGAACUUCAGAAUGGCUUGGCUGUGCGUGAGGACGUGAAGAAAUAUCACAUUCGAGCGGAUCUUAGAAUGGGUUCAGGGAUCCCUCUCUUUGACUAUCUUGCCGAAUGUGUCAGUGACUUCGUCAUCAAUGAGGGUCUUCAGAAUGUAGAGCUUCCUCUUGGUUUUACGUUUUCAUUUCCUAUGAUUCAACAUUCACUGGAUGUUGGCAUAUUGGUAACGUGGACAAAGAGUUUCAAUUGUCCUGACGUUGUUGGCAAAGACGCAGUUCAACUUCUUCGUGAGGCCUUGGACAGAAGAGGCGACACUCGAGUUAAUGUUCUUGCCAUCUUGAAUGACACUACAGGAACUUUAAUUCAGGGUGCUACAGAGGACCCCAAUACAGCCAUUGGUCUAAUUUUAGGAACAGGAAGUAACGCCUGCUAUCUUGAACGUGCCGAUAAGGUGGAACAUUGGGAAGUUGAGAGACAUGGAGAACGACAGGUCAUAAUUGACAUUGAAUGGGGUGCAUUUGGAGACAAUGGUGUCCUUGAUUUUAUUAAGACUGAUUUCGAUCGAGAGAAUGAUGCAAAUUCCCUUAUUGUUAAUUCGUUUACAUUUGAAAAGUAUAUUAGCGGAAAAUAUCUAGGAGAAAUAGUGAGAGUAAUUUUGGCUAAAUUAACAAAGGAAGGACUUCUAUUUGUAAAUAAUUCUUCAGGAGCUCUUUUAACCCCUGGAAACCUCACAAGCGAUCUUGUCUCUCACAUAGAACAAGAUACAUUGGAUGGUGGAUACAACAAUACUAGAGAAGUUUUAGAAAAGUUUGGCAUUAUACCAGAUCAAGAUGAUUUGAUUGCUGUUCAGUAUGUCUGUGAAGUGGCUUCUAAUCGAGCAGCUCUUCUUGUCUCCUCGUGUAUAUCAGUCCUUCUUGAAAGAAUAGAUAAAGAGGAAGUUACGAUAGCUGUAGAUGGAUCGUUAUACAAACACCACCCCAGACUCAAGUCCUGGAUGAACCAGUACAUUCGUUUAUUAGCUCCUGGACGAAAGUUUAACUUGAUGAGUGUCGAGGAUGGAAGUGGCAAGGGUGCUGCUAUUGUGGCUUCAAUUGCUCAAAAGUUAAAAAAGCGAUUUGAAUAAAAAAAAGAGGAAAGAGAAGAAGAAGAAGAACUUGCGUUAUACUGGUAUCAGAAUUUUUUUUUUCUUUGAAAAAAGGUCUUGAGGAAAAAAUUGUUUUUUCCUUUCACCGUGAUAUCGUUUACCCAUCUCAGGCAUCAUGUAAUUAUACGAUGAGUAAUUUUUAGGUAUUCUUUAUAAGUUUACUUUGUUAGGUUCAAUCAAAUCACAAUCUCAUUGACGUGUGUUAUAUCCAUUUUUUUAUUUCAUGUUUCGUGUUUGUUAAUGUUUUUUUUUUGGUUCCAAAAAAGUCAAUUUGUUGUGCAUCAUUUUUUUUCUAACUGAACAUUCCAUGACGAUAUUGUUUCGAAAAGUAAAUCUCUUUUAAGAGCCUUACAAGUAUACGAAUUAUUUAAACAUAUAGUUGGUAAAGAAAAUGCAUAUCAAUUUUCUUACAAUUGCUCUAAAAUUGUAAUUAAAUAUUUAACGAAAUUAUUUCCAUGGAUUGAAUGUUUUUUAUAUUUUUGACACGACUGUAAUUUUUCUAGACAGUUACAUUUUUUUAAGCUUAGAUAUUUAAGGGCUUUAAAUUUUAAUUUGUUUUUAUGAAAUGUUUCAUUUAUUGAAAUUUAUGAAAGUUUGUGAAGUGAUGAUAAGCGAGUUGUAACGAAUUUUCAUUGAUAAUUUAUUCCUUCGAGUGUAGAUACAGUUUCAAUUUUUAAUUAAUGUACAAGAAUAUUUUUCUUUGCGGUAGUUUUUUUUGCACUGUAAUAUAAGCGCACAGUCCUGUUAAAAAUAUAAAUAUUGUAUAUUUUUUUUUCAUGAAAGAGUCAGAAGUGUGAAGAAAAGGAGACUUCCUCCAAAUGCAAAGCUCGUUGAUUGACGAAAUUAUAAAUUAUAUUUAAAAUAUAUAAACUGUUAUUGUAAAAUGUUUUGUGUAUUCGUUAGGAAUCAGAAAUUUCUAAUAAAAUUUAUUUCAAAUAAA